AGUAACACUCUUCGUUAUCAACAGAACCUGCGGCAUUUUAUCAUAUGCGCAUUCAAAUAACUAUUUACAUGAAUUACAAUCCCAUUACAAUGUAUUAAAAAUUAUUCAAUUAGAAAAAAAAUUCAAGUUAACAAUGUUUAAACAUGGCAUACUUGUUCCUUUAGUUUUAUUAUAUCAAUUUGCAAUGAAUUAUACUUGACGUGAUUUUGCAAUAUUUUCUGAAGUCCAAAAACUUUGAAAUAAGAAAUAACAAUAAUAAAAAUUUAACAACAAUAAAAUUUACCAAAUUGUUCUGAUUAUAAAUAAAUUGGCAAUUAAUAAUUAGAAAAAAUAAAAAUGCCUUUGAAGGGGAUAAAAGUUUUGGAAAUGGCAGGACUUGCUCCUGGUCCAUUUUGUGGAAUGAUUUUAGCCGAUUUUGGAGCAACAGUCACGAAAAUUGAACGUAUUGGGGAAAAUAUUUUUCCUGAUUGUCUAAGUAACGGGAAAAAAUCGAUUUCUUUGGAUUUGAAGAACGAAAGAGGAAUUGAAAUUGUAAAAAAAUUAUCUAUGAAAAGUGAUGUGAUUAUAGAUCCCUUUAGAAAAGGAGUUAUGGAAAAGCUUAAAAUUGGACCUGAAGAUUUAAUGAAGACGAAUAAGAAAUUAAUUUACGCGAGAUUAACUGGUUAUGGACAAUAUGGAUCAUUUGCUGAUUGUGCAGGACAUGAUAUCAAUUAUUUAAGUUUGUCUGGAUUGCUUUCACUAUUCGGUCGUCACCAUGAAAAUCCCAUACCACCUGCAAAUGUGAUAAGCGAUUUCGGAGGAGGUGGUUUAAUGUGUGCCUUGGGAAUUAUUUUAGCACUCUUUGAUCGCUCAAAAACACAAAUGGGACAAAUUAUUGACGCAAACAUGGUCGAAGGCACCGCAUAUUUAGGAAGUUGGAUAUUCAGAUCGCAAAAUGUUGCCGCAUUAUGGGGCCAACCUAGAGGAAAAAAUAUCUUAGAUACAGGAUCUCAUUUUUAUAACACCUAUGAAACAAAGGAUGGACAAUAUAUGUCAGUGGGUGCGAUAGAACCAAAAUUUUACGCAAUUUUACUAGAAAAAUUAGAAUUGACUGAAGACGAUUGUCCCCAAUUUGUUGAUUUUGAGGAAAAUAAGAGAAAAUUGGAAAAAAUAUUCAAACAAAAGACACAGGAAGAAUGGUAUAAAAUAUUUGAUUAUUCUGAUGCUUGUGUGACACCGGUUCUAACAUUGGACAAAGUGAAAAAUCAUUCGCAUAAUAAGGAGAGAGGUACUUUUUCCCUUGAUGAUGAUGAAACUUUAAUUCCAAAUCCAGCACCAAAAUUGUCUAGAACUCCUGGAUUGUCAAAUGGUUCAAGAUAUUCUUUCACGAACACUGGAGAACAUACUCUAGAAAUUCUUGCUGCCCUUGGAUAUAAUUCUUCCGAAAUUAAUAAUUUUAUCUCGUCCGGAAUUGUUUACUCAGCUAAGAAACAAGCAAAACUCUAAUAAUGCGGGAGAUUUUUCAAGAAAUGAAAAAAGGGAUCAAUUUGAUCUUAAACGAAGAAUGUAAAGCAUCGAGAUAUUAAAAAAUUAUUUUAUUUAAAAAUUAUACAGAUAUUUUAUACACUUUCUACACAAGACUAAUAAAUAAUAUUUUAAAUGGA